UUUUCAUUCAUCCCCAUUCCCCCAUAUAUUUAUCUUCUUCUCUUGUUACAAGAAGAAGAAGAGGAAGAAGCAAUUUGUAGCUAAAAUGGCUCCUUCACGUACUUCACUCUUUCUACUAGUCUCUCUGUUGCUUCUCUCUACAUUCUCUGAUGUGGCUUAUGGUCGUGGCAAACUCCGUCCUUCGGACUGCUCGCCAAAGUGCACGUACCGGUGCUCCGCGACAUCGCACAAGAAGCCUUGUAUGUUCUUCUGCCUCAAGUGCUGCUCCAAGUGCUUGUGUGUUCCUCCUGGUACUUAUGGCAACAAGCAAGUCUGCCCUUGCUACAAUACCUGGAAGACCAAGGAAGGAGGACCCAAGUGUCCUUAAUAUCAAUAUAUAUCACCCUAUAAUUCUAUUAUCCUUAUAUAGUAGUACUGCACUGAGAAUCACUCAACCAAAUCCUUAAUAUAUUGUGGGUAUUUUGUUAAUGAUGCUUUCUGGAUAAUCCUAAAUCUUUAAUUUCUUUUU